AUGGCUAUUUCACGACAUUCAGCCAACCUCACACGAUCGUUUCCUAUCACAAAAUGCCAAGUGCGGUCUGUUUCCUCGCUACCUCGACCGUACCGGUUCCAUGUCGGAGCAAGUUGGGCGGGGAAACCUCCAGACCCGCAGGCGCGUCGUAUCAAGACGAAACCUUUCCGAGCAGAUAGCGAGGUAGGCAGUCAUGUCGGGGAGGACUUCUUCUACGUCCAAGAGAUGCGAAACGGUUCGGGGGUAUCCUUCGGUGUCGCCGAUGGCGUCGGUGGCUGGAUUGACUCUGGGGUAGACCCUUCGCUCUUCUCGCAAGCGCUGAUGUAUCACGCCCGACGUUAUGCAAUGACCGCCUGGGCUGGUGAACCAGAAACCGACCCCACACAAGAUUAUGAGGAGCGAGAGCGAGUCGAUGGCUGGGAAAUCACUCCUGCGGAGUGUCUCGAGCUGGCGUAUGGCGGCGUCCUGCGAGAACGAACGGUGCUGGCGGGCGUUUUACGAGCCGCAAAGCAGCUUACCAAACUACCGGCAUCUACGCCAGCUUUCUCCCGUGCCUGCAUCGACUCCCCCCGAGAUGCCGACACAUUCGAGACGAAGUUACGGGACGGUGACAUAGUGGUUGUGUAUGAUACCGAGGAUAUACUUGUGCAGACCAUAGCAGAACGUAUCGUCGACUACGCCGGCGUCUGCAUGGCAAAGAAAAAUCGCGUAACGCCUUUCGAACGCGCGGCCGCCCGGGAGGGCAUGUACUUCCGCGGGGGAAAAGUGGACGAGUGGGUAACGCAUUUUGUUACAGUCGUUGUCGCUUUAGUACGGGAGACGAUCUGA